UCUUCUCGGUAUUCACCCCUAAAACAUCGUGACGCCAUGGCAGGUGCACUUCAGGGAGAGAAGCUGCUUUUUGAGAAGUUCUGGCAGGGCACGUUCAAAGCCGUGGCGAUGCCGAGACCCGAGAGCAUCAUCGUCGCCAGCAUCACCGCGCGGAGAGCCGUGGCAAAAUUGGAAACAGUAGUUAGCCUAGCGCCUAAAGAUGAUGAGGAGAAAGCGAAAAAGAAAGAUGCAGUUGCAAAAACCCACGAGAAAAAUGGACACGUGAAACGCAGAGGACGUAAACGCCACAGCCACCGUCGAGCUCGCAGUGUCUCUUUUGAUGCUGAUCUUUCCCCUCGGCCGGUGCCUAAAGCAAAGAAAAAGAAGAAGAAGUCACAGAGAAAGAGGAGGAGACACAGAUCUCCCUCCUGCAGUCCAUCACCUGUGAGGAAGAAGAAGAAAAAGAAGAGCUCAAAGAAAAGGAAGCGACAUAGGUCUGCCUCAAGGAAGGGACGACACAGUGGCUCGAGUCCCAGACGUAAAAGAAAGGUGGACAAAAAGCAUAAAAAGAGGGCAAGGAGCCACUCUCAUCGCAGACACCGGCGCCGGAAAGCAGAAAUUUGGAGUUCUUUCUGCAUGGCAAACAGAUAUGAAGAUUGUGAAAAAUCUGGUUUGCAAGACGGUGGCCAUUCAUCAGCUGUCCAUGGAGGCAACGCAUGCAGGUCGGCAAUCAAGCUGACCAGUAAAAUCUCCUCUAAGUGCUGCUGCCACUUUUCUGAAAGCACCGUAAGUGUUUCUGAUGGCUACCUGAUGCGCUUACAAUGCCAAACUCUUGCUCAGUUUACGGCUCUCGUGAAACCAUUGAUUCUUUUUGCUUAUUAUAAUUGCAGUGAAGAAGUGGGCACGUGCUCUGAUUUGGGGAAGACAAAGCCCCUGGGUGUCGCCACUGAUAGGAAUCGGAGUCUGUCUUAUGAUAGAUAUCAAGAUCGAGCGAGGUCCCGCAGCAGAAGCAUAUCAUCCCAAAGCAGAUACUCAGGGCGCUAUUCCAGAAGCCGAUCUCUGUCCUCAGGGAGAAGAUCAUAUUCCCGUUCAUCCAGUUAUUCACUGGAUUCUCGGAGAGACAGUCUGUCUAGUGCGAGCAGUCACCGCAGUUUAAAUCACUCACGGUGCACACUAGACAGGUUUCGAGAGCGGAAAAGACACUGCAGUUCCUGCAAGAGUAGAAAGCACAGCAGGAGAAGACCUUGCUCUCCAAUGAGGAAGAGAAGAAGAGAUUCCCCCAGUCACCUGGAAGCCCGUAGAAUUACGAGUGCCAGAAAGAGGCCGGUCCCCUACUACCGUCCCAGUCCCUCCGUCAGCAGCCGAUCCUCCAGCCUCUUGUCCUGGCGUCUGUUUACUCUCAGUCGCAGCCGUUCACGGAGUCGCAGCCGCAGUCGCAGUCACACUUACUCGUCAUACAGGAGCUACAGUCGCAGCUCGUCGUGGAACUAUAUGUACAGCAGACGCAGUCGCAGUCGGAGCAGAAGCUAUGACUCAGUAGUGAGCUACAGCAGAGCCCGUCGCUAAUUUACAGAAGAACCAGAUGCCAGAAUGCUGAGCUACAGCACAAUCCCAGGACCACAUCUCACUGUAACUGGAAGUGGAAUGGAGCGGCGCUGAGAACAUGCUGUGCUUAGAUGUGGAACACCAGGCAGUGACAGGAUCAUCUGUUCAGUGUCAGAUAAGACUGAAGCUUUCCAUAUUGUUGUGUACUAAACUGUGUGCUUUCAUCCAUCCCGUUCAAAGGAAAACUUGUCAAUCAAUCACAAAGCCUGCUGUUGUAGGAAAGACCGGACCGGGAAAUUCAAUCUGUGAGUUCUGCUAUUCCUUGUUUUGCUCAUAGGUGUGAGGAUAUUGUUAGUCAUUUAUCAAAACUGACGUGGUAGAUAAAAGGAAGUGCAGGGUCGCUCACCAGACGCUCAUAGCCUUGACCGUAAAAACCCAUGUAAGAAUCUAUCGUAUUUUUCUAGUGUUUCUCUUUUUUAUAGGAGAUGUCAGAAGUGCUUGAGGAGAGAGAUUUAUUGCUUCCAUAGCAGCUGCUUCUGUGUUGCCCACACCUUUGAAAAAUGUGCCAUCCGAAUCGGCCCCACUGGCAAACGCACACCCCAUCAGCCCAAAUGCCAGCUUUAUUUAUCUUCUGUUGAACUGGAAAACAAUUCAAAUGUCACUGGCUGUGAUGGAGAUGGUGAUGAUGGUGGUGGUGGACAAUCAAAACGCAGCGGAUGUGCUCCACUGGUGGGAACCGUUUUGCGGGUCCAGGCGUUACCAAAUACAUUAACGUACAUAUUAAUCUUGCAGACCUCAAGAGAUAGAAAGAUAUUUUUAUCUGUAGGAUUCGAGGCUGCGUCUGAGUGAACAAAGAAAAGGUAAAUUUUCCCUGUCCUGUUGUUUCUGAGAUUCAAAGCACUGCUAUAAUUAUGACCCUGCCUGUGAAAACACAGCUAAAGUCUGAGAUCCGCUAGUGAGC